CAGUGACCACGAUCGUGUCAUUUGAGUUCGCCAUCACUGGCCAAAGAAUGAGAAACAACCAAGGCAUUCCUUCGUAGCGUUCUGCUAGCAUGAGCGGUAUGAAACGUACUGUCUUGUUUGCCCAUCUACAGCACCUCGACGCUCCCCAUCAUCUAGGACCAGCAAUUGUCUCUGUGACCGCAGCUACAACAGAAGCCUUGGUCAUCGUCUUGGUUUCGCAGCUAUUCCAUACAGCAGACUUAACCUCCAACCGGAUUGAGCAGUGGGAUGAUGUCCAAAGCCUCUUGACAUACGUCUACGUCAAAGCAACCAAGGCAGCCCAAGACUUGGGAAAGGUCUUACUGGAUAUCAACGUGGUGCUCAAACACCCUUCGGAGAGUUUCCCAACUGAUUUCGGGAAUGGCAUGGAUAUGUGCUUUCGAAUCCAGGGCGACCCCCCUGUGUCCCAUCUUCCCGACUACAUCGAGACCCUUCCCCAAGUCUUCGUUGUCCCCGACAAAGCCGUUGAAACACACAGGCAACAUUCCGUGCACGUCCCUCCUAGCUGUGAUACCUUCUCAACAUCAUACCCUGUAGUCGCUCUUGGUGGCACUUUCGAUCACUUGCAUGCAGGACACAAAAUCCUGCUUAGCAUGGCAGCAUGGAUAGCCAGUAGCAAGGUCAUCGUCGGUGUCACAGACGACGAGCUGUUGAAGAAUAAAUCGAAUAAACAUGUCUUGGAAUCAAUGGCCGUGCGCAUGGAAAGAACGCGAUCUUUCCUGCAGCUCUUUCGCCCUGACCUCGAAUAUGAAAUUGUCGCAAUACGGGACGUGUAUGGCCCUACUGGUUGGGAUCCUAAUAUUCAGGCGCUGGUGGUCAGUAUGGAGACUCUGCCUGGGGCAGCAUCAAUUGACAAGAAACGCGCCGCCGAGUCACUACCUCCCCUCCGCACAUUCGUCAUCGGUGUUAUUUCUUCAGAAAGCGAAAGGCUGGAUCAUGAGGACAUGGAGAUGUUGAAGCAGGCAAAGCUGAGCAGUACAUAUAUUAGGGACUGGAUUGUGAAGAACGGUGUAUAACUCGUACAUAAAUGUUGUAGCAACAGAUCUUGCCGGUCC